ACACUCGCUGUCUUUUGAGCGGCGCACGUGGAGCAAAAUCGAAGUGCUCACGUUUUUUUAAAUUCUGCUCCAAAAAACCGAAUAAACUAAGUUAAAGAAUAUGGGUCGGAAGGCUGAAUACAGUGAGAAACCGAAAAAGGGACCUGGGCGCAAGGCGCGCAAACAAGGACCGCCUGUUUUUCGCAAACAAUCGUUUGCUCCCAUGGAAGAGGAGGACAAGAAGCUCUCCCACCGACAGAAGCAGAGAUUCGUUAAGCGAGAGCAAAAGAAAGUAGUUCAGAAGGCAAAACUACAGGAGAAAAAGGCCAAGGGAAAGCUACCACAACCGGCCAAGAGGAAAACGGCCUACAACAGCGACAGCGAUCCUGAGGAUAAUGAAGAGGAACCACAGGUUCCAUCUUCCGAUGAGGAGGUGCCCCAACUGGUCCCGGCUCCGAAGAGCCAGAAAGCUACAGCUCCCAAGGGUUUUACAGAUGAUAACGAUGACUGGCUGAAGCCUAAAAAACAGAAGAAGCAGCCAGAAACGGAGUCCGAGGAUGAGGAGGAGGAUGAGGAGUUGGAGGAGGGCUCCGAAGAUGAGUUGGGAGAAGAAAGUGAAGAGGAACUGGAGGAGGACGACGAGGAAGAAGUAGAAUCUGAUGAUGAUACCGCUCAGGUUGGCAAGCUGGCUGAUCUAUCCGACGAUGAUGAUGCCAACUCCGACGAUGACUUUGAUAUAUCUGGCGAGGAAGAUGGUGCUCAGGCAGACAGUGAUGAAGAGGAGGAUGAGGACGACGACGACGAUGAUGAUGACAAGCUGCCCAUCGAGCGGGCUAACAAGAAGUUGAAAAAGCGCGAGGCAGAGGAAGCCCAACUGGCCGACUACGAAAUGUUGGAAACCAUUGACAAGCAGGAUGUUUUCCAGCUACCCAUCGAAGGCGAAGAAACCGAGAAGGACCUAACCCUACAGGAAGUGCAACAGCGCAUAAAGGACGUCAGUCUAGUUCUUUCGGACUUCAAAAGGUAUCGUCAAGCGGAUAGGUCUCGCGGAGAGUACAUCGAUUUGCUGCGCAGGGAUCUGUGUUUGUAUUACAGCUACAACGAGUUUUUGAUGGAGAAGCUGAUGGAUAUGUUGCCGUUGACGGAGCUAAUGGAAUAUCUGGAGGCCUCAGAGAUUGCUCGUCCCCUGACCAUACGUACCAAUACUCUAAAAACACGUCGUAGGGAUUUGGCCGGAGCUUUGAUCAAUCGUGGCGUCAACUUGGAUCCCCUUGGUAAAUGGACGAAAGUUGGAUUGGUUGUCUUUAACUCACAGGUGCCACUGGGCGCAACUCCAGAGUAUCUGGCUGGCCACUACAUGAUCCAGGGCGCCUCUUCGCUGUUACCUGUAAUGGCACUUGCCCCGCAAGAGAACGAACGCAUCCUGGACAUGUGCUCCGCCCCAGGCGGAAAGGGAUCCCACAUCGCAAGCAUCAUGAAGAACACUGGUGUGCUCUUUGCCAACGAUUCUAACAGGGAUCGCAUCAAGGCCAUUGUUGCCAAUUUCCAUCGCCUGGGAAUUGUAAAUGCGGUGGUCAGCUGCGAGGACGGCACUAAGUUCCGGAAUAUUAUGACUGGCUUUGACCGCGUUCUGUUGGAUGCUCCAUGCACUGGAACUGGCGUCGUCUCUAAGGAUCCCAGUGUGAAGACCACCAAGUCGGAAGUAGAUGUGCAAAGGUGCUACAACUUGCAGAGGAAGCUUCUGCUGACUGCCAUUGAUUGUACGGAUGCGAAGUCAUCAACUGGCGGCUACAUUGUGUACUCUACUUGCUCGGUGCUGCCCGAGGAGAACGAAUGGGUCAUCGAUUAUGCACUGAAGAAGCGAAAUGUCAAACUUGUGCCCACUGGUCUGGACUUCGGCGUUGAGGGCUUUACCAAAUUCCGGCAGCAUCGGUUCCAUCCUAGCUUAAACCUUACCAAGCGCUACUAUCCGCACACCCACAACAUGGACGGAUUCUACGUGGCCAAGCUCAAGAAAUUCUCCAACACCAUACCCAUAACUAAGGAGCAGCAGGAGGAGGAUGAAAAGCAGCUUGAUGAGGCCAUCGAAGCGGACGCCACUUCAGAAGCGGCUGCGGAAUCUGAGGAGGUGGAGGAGGAGGGAGCGUCAAAGGAGAAGGGUCCCCGAAAACUGCUUGGCAAGCGCGCCGGAAAACCCAGUUUCACCGAAAUCGAACAGGAGCUUAAGAAAAAGAAGCGGGAAGAGAGCAAGACCAAGUAUGUGGCCAAGGUGUUUGAGCAGCCUGUCAAGUCGUCCAAAAAGCCAAAGCCAGAACAGCCGACGGAGAAGAAAGAUAAGAAAUCCCAGGCACCGGGCGAGCAAGCAAAUUCAAGCGAGUCACCUUCCAAGUCUGCACCUAAUCAAAAACAAUCCAAUGGGAAAACCCCUGCUUCCAAUUCAGAUGCGAAAUCAUUCAAGAAAAAGAACCAAGGAUCGCAACCCAAGGAAAAUGGAGCUGGAUCACCAGCUAAACCAGCUGGCAAAAAACCAACAGCCAAUGGCACAAACUCCCCUAGCAAACCAGCAACUAAGGAAACGAAAACUAAGCCACAGCCGAAGGGAAAACAGUCGCCCAAGGGAAACGCCAAACUGGCCAAGGCGCCGCGAGUAGAUAUCGACGAUGUGCCCAUUCUGGAGGGAAAACCCAUCAAGAAGCAGAACAAGCUGAAGCAAAAAUCGAAACAGAUCGGCCAGCUGAAAAAGUCCACGGCGGGUGCGAAUGCGGGAAAGAAGCAAAAGUUCAAGAAGUGAACACCUUAGAUGCAGUUUUGUUAAGUAGACUAUAAGCGUGUGACAUAUAGUUGGGGUAGUCCCGACGUGAUUACCAGUUUUAUAUUGCGAACUGUCUUAGCGAACGAUUGAAGAUUGAACUACAACAGCGAUGUAAUUAAGAUUCAAUAAAAGCUAGGUUCGGAUUAAUGUA